AUGUAUCCUUAUUUCUCUACCUGUUCUUUCCACGACCCGAUCCCGUUUACUGACAGGGGAAGGGGGUUUAGGGACGAGUUGAACCUUGACAUGUAUCCUUAUUUCUCUACCUGUUCUUUCCACGACCCGAUCCCGUUUACUGAUAUGGGAAGGGGGUUUAGGGACGAGUUAAACCUUGACAUGUAUCCUUAUUUCUCUACCUGUUCUUUCCACGACCCGAUCCCGUUUUUGUUCCCCGCUCAACUGGUACAGGAAAUAUUUCUGGUGGUUUUCUUCAGUUGUGAGUACGUGGUUCGGCUCUGGUCAGCAGGCUGCAGGCAGCAAUACCAAGGACUCAGAGGGCGUCUCAGGUUCGCAAGGAAACCAAUUCUUAUUAUAGAUCUUAUUGUAGUCAUAUCUUCUACUGCCGUAAUGUGCUUUGGAUCAGAAGGUCAAGUAUUUGCUGCAUCAGCAAUCAGGGGUGUGCGUUUUCUUCAAAUUCUUCGUAUGUUGCACAUAGACAGACAAGGAGGAACAUGGAGACUUCUUGGUUCAGUAGUAUUUAUUCAUCGGCAGGAGCUGAUAACCACAUUAUACAUUGGCUUCCUGGGGCUCAUAUUUACCUCUUAUUUUGUAUAUCUUGCUGAGAAGGAUCAUAUAGAUGCUAAGGGCAUUUGUCAAUUUGAGACUUAUGCUGAUGCUCUAUGGUGGGGUGUGGUAACUGUGACAACCAUUGGCUAUGGAGACAAAGUGCCCAAUACCUGGUUGGGCAAGAUGAUAGCUUCCUGUUUCUCAAUAUUUGCAAUAUCUUUCUUCGCUUUACCGGCGGUGAGUAUUGUAUACCUGCAAUAUCUUUCUUCGCUUUACCGGCGGUGA